AUGCUACAUCCAAAAUAUGUAGAACAAGCUAUUCUCCAUGUUCCAUACAUGUAUGUAAAUGAGGUAUUACUCCCGGCGCUGCCCAACAAGGUCACCGCAGCGACAGCUACCACCACUGAACCAGCUGAGGAUAUUACAUCACUCGUUACGGGAGUAUCUCAAGAGAGCGUUGACGGGAGUCAGGGACAGCGACCAUACAUGCAAGCCCCAAUCGACGACACACAAUACAACACCUGUGUGGCGCUGCUCCCGCCGCCGUCUAUGAACUUCACUACCACGAUGACGACGAGGAGUUAUAUAUCAAUGACGAGAACCACACACGCAACAUCACCUGUCGAGGAGGAUGCCGACCAACAUAUAGCAACAUACGCAGUCGAGUGA